AUGGCAGUGGAAGAGAGUGUUUCCAAGGUUCACAUCGGUGGCGACAAGCUGAAUCAUCAAUGCUCUGCCCUAUACAUAACUAAACCAAAUGCAUCUAAAUCGUCCACGGUACAAUCUGAUAAUGUUAUUAAACAAGAACAUGCUUGGUUGGAUAGUUUUGACUUGGCACCGCUGCCCUUUAUUGACCCUCCCCAUAAGUUCGCCAAUAGUGCAGUUUGGAGGGCUCUCUGCGAGGUGGUUGAUGCUUCCGACCUCGUUCAGACCUGUGCACCAGCAUCUGCGGACAUCAUCUCUCCUCUUGAAGCCGAAAGCCUUGAAAAAGCCUUUCCUUCUGGACAUUCUGGAGAUGGAACAACGUCAUCUCCCAUAUCUCCUGCAGCUCAACACAGACGUCUGCUUAAGGAAAUGAUAAAGCCCUUAGGUAUCGAUUGGAAGUCCUUGACCACUCCCGCCCUCCUGCCUUUAACGACUGAGUACUUUCCCGAGGCAUCUAGUCUGCUUAGAGAAGACUUCAUGGUUCACGAGUAUCGUGUUGUCCUCAAUAUUCUCCCCGAUGACGAAUGGAAGCUCCAUUUUGAGUGA